AUGAGUCCCGCCAUUUGUGCAGCAGGCGGUAUGAAUGUAGCGCUAGGCUCGUCUCCAUCUACAGGAUGGAAUUUAAGUGUACAACGUCGAGAUCGUAAGCUCUGGACGGUUGCGGCUGAGCGAUUGGAGGCCGACGUGGCUGUGUUGCAGCUCACGCUUGUAGAUCUAGAGGAAAUACUGAAACAGCUCAUGGGCAUUGCACUACCUAAUCCUCGGAUCCGAGGUGAUGAAAUUGCGACAUUGGUGACAGCGCUAGCUCAAAUCUUACCAUUAAGUUCAGGCCUGUUAAGCUCGGAAUAUACGCGGCUUGUACUCAAAUGUUGCGGCAAGGAGAGAGUAUUGUUCUCGAGUGCACAGUUGCGUGUUGUCAUGACAUUUUUACUAAAGUUUAUCAAAACGUGUCCAAGCUGGUAUACGGCUAAUUCAAUUCGCGCACUAGGCCAAGUGCUUCAUGAUAAUGCUGAUCGGGCAAGUAGCGAGUUUGAAUUUCUGUUUGCUGUCUUAAUGAAACAUUUGGAUCCAUCGGGUGUGGAUAUUGAAGCUCGGUAUGCUGCCACGAGCUGUGUAUCGAACAUUUGCACGCAAGCUGGAAAGACACCCGAAGUAUACCACUACUUUUCGUCGUUAUUGCGGAUGGUGGUGGAGAAUUUUCGACAGCAAGCACUCAGUCUUAUUAAAGGCCAAAACGAUCGCAUUCUUGUCAAAGCUUGCACUUCCAGUGUCAAGUGUAUCUUUACGAUAAUUAAUUCUAAUUUCGACCGUCUUAACGAUCGCAUUGCCGCAACACUUCCCAGUCUACUCAGCUCCAUGCGUCAAGUUGUUGGCUAUGGACUGGUGCUCAAGUGCGAUCAGAACGAUUUCGUGUUUUCAUUGCAAGAAGAAAUACAUCCCACAGAGUCAGAUACGUCAAUAUGCGGGUCUGACAAUAGCACUGGAGGACGUCAGGUCGGAGACGGAUUGCUUGCGCGGCUACGUAUCACUGUGCUAUACACUUUGGAAGCGAUUGCCCAGCACUUUCCGAAAGCUAUAACAUCGUCAAUGGGCCUCUAUCUACCAGAGCAGACAACGCCUUACAUGACAUUGUUUAACAAUGCUCCUUCAGUUCUCACGCUACUUAUCAUGGAUCCAAGUGAAAAGGCUCGCAUGACUGCUGCCAAAUUUUUAGAUGCGUUUUGGGAAAAGAUCCCGCUCAAGAUGUAUUUUCGACGCGCGUCUGGCACUGCGACGACUUCUCUGCUCACGUCGUCAAUGUCAUUUGCAUCUAUGCCUAAACGAAUCUCAUUGAUGUUGUACCAAAUGCACAUAACUUUGGUGUAUUGUAUACAGCACGAAAAAGAAUCAACCCCACUUGCUCAGAUCUUAAAGAGUACGGCAUCAGUGAUUCAGCAUUUUCCCUAUGGAAAUGUCGCUGCAGUGCUAGAUCAGAUGGAGCUAACGCCAAGCUUGGGGAACGUCUUGAAAGCACUUGCAUCGAGUUUAUACGUUGCCGCAGGGUCCACUGACCAUGGUGUGCGGAUGGCAAGCUUGUCAUGUAUGUCAGCCUUGCUUAAUGUUCAAGAAACCCUUCCUUCCAUCCUGGAUUGGAUGGUUCAUACUAGUGACACGGAUGAAGUGAUACGAGUUGCGCAUGUAUCGAUUGCAUGUGGCACAUGGCUCCUUCGUCGUCGAUCGUUUGUGAAAGAGCUAUUGUUUUUGGCAUCUAGACCUGAUGAUUCGUCACACACACUGCUGCGUCUGGAGGCCAUGUCACUUUUGUCUAAGAUUGCCAAGAACUAUACGCCUGCUCUUAGUGCGAACUGGCAGGGUCUUGCAGAAUUCAUGCUGGUGGCUUUUCAAGAUAUGGACCCAAAUGUUCGCUUACAAGCGGUUAAAAUUCUGGAAAAUUAUAUCAAGGGAGGGGGCUGCAGCUCAGAAAAGGCUGUAGCAACCUGUGUAAUUUCAGAGAACUGUCGCAUCGACUGCUUAGAGUUUAUGGCGACACAUUUGGUACGAGCUUUCUAUGAUACGUCGCAUCACGUCCGUGCUAGUGUCUGCGCAUGUUUUACGCUAUUGUCGUCGCAAAAUUGGGCCUGGUUAGGAGAAAAGAAGCAGCCUCGAAGACUUCCAGUAUUGGCAGCAAAGAGUGGUGGCUAUAAUGGCGGGGGCUCGAAUGUUUCGUGUCUGGAAUCUUACACGCGCAUUUUUUUGCAAUCCUCAAAAGACAGCUCACCUGUCGUUCGCGCUGCUGGAUUUCGAUUGUUAGGAUCGUUAUGUCUUGCGCCAACAUUUAAAACUCGUGAAUUUGCAAGUAAUGUGGUGAAUUUGGCUUUGGAUGCUCUCAGUGAUUCGACUUUGAACGUGCGUGUUCGAGCUGCUUGGGCUCUUGGUAACGUCUGCACGACUCCGGGACCUGAGGCAAUUGGGGAGCUGGAGUCGCCUUUGCUACCGCCAUGUGCAUUAUUGUCUUCAUUUGUACCCAGUGGUGAAUCAUCGUUGUCCUGUCCAUUGUUAUCUUCCAAAGUGCUUUACGAUCUUUUGCCAGCUCAACAAUUGCGACAAGUGAUCGAAAAGAUGCUGUUAUACAUCAACGAUAAUGACAAGGUGGCAUCGAGUGUGGCUCGCACGUUGGGACUAGUUUGCCGUUGGAUUAGCUUUCCGCCAUUCCGACGCACACUUAGCUCGUCAAAAGAUCGAAUUUCGAUUGAUGAGCUCUUAGGACAGGCUAUGGUUGUGCUGGCUGGUAAGAUCAAUGCAGGCUCACCCAAGGUCCGAUGGAAUGCAUGUCACGCUAUUGCCAAAGUGCUGUUGUGUCCUACUCUUCCACUCGCGUCAGUGGCGUGGGCACCGUCCGUAUUUCAAUCACUGCUGACUGCGGUUGCCCAGCAGGAGAAUUUUAAAGUGCGAAUUAGUGCUGCCACUGCGCUUCGUGUUUCCCAAACGCGUAGUGCAUUUGGUUCGUUCUUUCAGUUAGCGCUUCGAGCCACUGUAGAUGCACUGGAGACGGCGUCAGAUUUGAAGGAUGUGACCGAGUUCCGUUACAAGGAACAAUUGGAGACCCAAUUGUCUUUUACAUUGGUUCACUUGAUUCACAUUGCAACUGUCGAAGACGAUUCGUUGAUACUGGAAGCGCUAAAAGCAAAACCACGAGGAUUUUUGUAUGACUGGCUGCUGCAUAAUCUUCAUCGAAUGGUUGCAGCGAUCGAAAGAGAGAAUGACGGAAGUUGUGGUGUAAAUAUUGCUGCAAGUGAUUUGACUGAGGACAGUCGCGCCGGAGGGAGUGGAGACGCUCACGAUGUCAAUCCCAUCAAGAAAGAAGAAUUAUUAUCAGCAGUGUGCUCGUUAUUGCGCAUUUUGGAGCGCCUUAAUACGGAUAAGGCAUAUGCGACUAGCUGCGUUUCGCUAUUAUACGACACGAAGAUUGGACUUGAGUAUGAUGUUCUCUAUUCGAACGAGGAUAUUCCUUUUGAGCUAUAA